CUUUUGUUUAUCAAACGAAUCUGUCAGUGCUGUGGAGUUGUUGUCAAAAAAUGGCGUUUUUAAUGCACGCGUGCGCUUUUGGAGUGAAAAUCAUUACCUUACCACUUAAGAUAGCGGAGUUGCUUGGACUUUUAUCUUUUUACAAACGCCUCUUUCCUUUAAUAAUAUCAAGAUGUGUUCCUUCGUACAAUGACAAAAUGAACGACAAGAAAAGGGAAUUAUUUCGAAACUUGUCUAAAUUUUACCCCCAAAACGGCCCUCUGCGGGUCUUGGAGGUCGGCUGUGGAUCCGGGGCGAACUUUGAGUACUACCCGAAUGGCUGCAAAAUUACAUGCGUCGACCCAAACCCCUAUUUUCGAAACUAUCUGGAGAAAAGUAUGGCGAAGAACGACCACCUCGUUUAUGACAGCUUCGUAGUCGCUUCAGGUGAGAAUCUCCAGGUAGUGGAGGACAACUCGGUGGAUGCUGUGGUGUGCACACUGGUUCUGUGCUCGGUCAAUGAUAUUCCCAAGGUUCUGCAGGAGUCAAAGAGAGUUCUCAGGCCCGGUGGAGCCUUUUUCUUUCUUGAGCAUGUGGUGUCUGACCCAUCAAGCUGGAUUUAUUUUUUUCAACAUGUUCUACAGCCAUUUUGGUACUAUUUUGGCGAUGGCUGUGAGACAACUCGUGCCACUUGGAAGCACCUGGAGGCAGCUGGCUUCUCUGAUCUACAGUUACGCCAUAUUGAGCCCCCUCUGUUUUUCAUGAUCCGACCACACAUUGUUGGUUACGCCGUGAAAUAAUGGAUUUUGCAAAAAGGGAACGAUGAAUAUGAAGGGCAUGUAUUGUUUAAAUGUAUCUUUGAUAUAUCAGUUUGUAUAAAACAGUAAAACACAAUUGUUUUAUUUGCAAAGGGUUGAAACCAACCUAUAUCUUUUGCAUGAAUGGAUCUACACUGUAAAACUUUGCUGUAGUUUUGCAGCAGGUUUGGUCGAGUACUUUGCUAUUAGUACUGUUUUCAAUUUGAGUUAAACUUUACUUUAACCAAAAUUAAAACACUUUGACUUUCGAUAUUCAAAAUGAGCAAGAAGAGACAUAAUGGUAAAAAUGACAUUCUUCCUAAGCAUUUUGUCUUGUUUUCUAGUAAAAUAUUUAAAUCUUAAAUUAGGAUACAUUUACAUAACAAGAAAAGUGACCCAAGAUGUUUUGUCUUGUUUUAUGAAAGAAAAUUUAAGAACUAGGUAAGUUUAUGUUUAAAACAGUUACAGUAAGUUACUGGCAAAACUACAGCAAAGUUUUACAGUGUAGUUAUUUGUGUAUCCUGUUUGCAGAACUUUAGUGGUUACGAUGCAAAGAAAGGGUUAAAUGUAAGUAGUGCAAAAACCUUACACCAUAAAUAAUCUAGAGAAAAGUAUUGUAUUUGUUUUUUGCUGCAAUAUGCAGAUAAACCUUUCCGUUGCCAGUGAACUGCAUGUUUGUUUACUUGUGAUGUAACAACAGCCACAAAAAUAAUUGAAACAAGUGCUAAAUGAGCUACAUUUUGAACACAAAGAAUACAUUUUUGGUACCUAUUUUCUUACAGUUUAAAAGAGAGCCCUGGUUCACAGUAUUUUUAAAUCGCCAGCACCUGAGGUCUCAUGGGACCGAUAAUGUGCAUUUGACAAAUAUUUAAAAAAAUGGUGGAAUCAUAUUAUCUGGGUAUUUUUUUGUGUACUCAAUUUGCAAUGGUGAAAAGUGAACUGGGGAAAAUGCAACACUCAAUAAAACCGUCUCAAUUGUUAACCAACAUGUACUGCUUCAAGUCAGAUGUCAAUCGGGCUGCUCAGUGCCACAUGAAGUCCAACAUUCCUGUCCUGGAAUACUUACCAGCCGUUCCACCUGUGCAGUAGAUGGAGCAACUAUUAUUUUUAGUGCAAUUUGAGAAUAAAAAUGUCUUAGUGUGAGCAUGAUCACUAGAGAUACUUUUCCAGCACAAUCUCCUCUCCUUUCUUCAAUUUUACAAGGUAACUAACUCGAAUGAAUGCAAAUAAUCUUAUUCACAAGUUUUAGCAUGAUCUUCUUUUGUCCCUAUGAUAGAUAAGUUAAUGGUUGGGGUAGGGGCCAAGUGUUUUUUUUUUUGUUCUCAAACUCAUGAAAUAUUUACAAUUUCUCAAUAGAUCAAUUUGGUCUUCCCUUUUUCAAGUAGUUUGAUCUUGUAUUACUGAAACAGCUACCUGGAGGCAUUAUGAAUAUGGCCUCUGAGUGACAUGACUUUCCAGAAAAUGGACUUUGGUCAUAUGCUAUCUACUUGAAUGGGAAAAACAGAUAUCUAAAAAAAAAUACUUUCAAAGGUCUAACCAAGAAUUAAACCUGAUAUCUACUGUACCCUUAAUGUAGUUAAUUCAGCUCAAAUUUCCAAGAUUCUGUUGUAAAGCUAUUUGACACAUAAUAGUCAAAAUUAAGGACAGAGAAAAAAACAUUGCUAAAAGGUCUGACAGAAAAGGAGAAUAAAGAAAUCUUCGGUAAAUAAUACAUGAAUCCAAAAAUCUGUACUGACAUAAAGAGCCUAAAAUAGCAUUUGUUUACAUACAUGUAUGUUUGUUAUUUUGUUUAAAGAUCUUGAGGCUCCCAUAUUGAGUUCAAUGUUUUUCAUAAUCCAACCACUGUAAAAAAUAAUGAAUGAGAAGGUUAUCUUAAGCAUGUAUUUUUUAAACUAGGCCUGUUUAAGUUAUAUAGCUGCUUUAAAAAGUGUCUUUCGUUUGUUUUAAAAAGUAAAAUACAAAAGGUUUUUUUUGCAAACAGUUACAAUCAAGAUGUGUUAUAGCUUUUGUAUGAACUGAUCUUGUUAAACCUUUCUCCUUUUUGCAGUGCAUGUCAAUUAGAUGGGACCAAAGAAGUCACGACACUCAGCGGCCAUAUUUUUGACAUUAUAAACACUUUUUUGUGCAUGCCAUUUAUAGACAAUUUGUCUAUAAAGUACUUUAACAAUGACACUAGCUUUUUGCAUAAGUACAUUUAUUUAUAAAACUUGACUAAGAACAAUAAAAUAACAAUAUACUGAAACGGAGGUUAUUUGCCU